AUGUCUGCUGACUGGGCAUGGGAUCAAGCAGACACCAUUUCUGAGGAUCCAGAUACAAUGGGCACCACCUUUGUUCCUGUCAUCCUCAGAAGUGACAAAAUGACAGUCUCUGUAGGAACCGGGAACAACAAAUAUUACCCGCUCUAUCUGUCCAUUGGGAACAUCCACAACAACAUCCAGUGUGUGCACCAGAAUGCAGUUGCAGUCAUUGGCUUUCUUGUCAUGUGUCAUAUCCCGUACCUCCGGAUCCGGAAUUCCAGAUCUACUUCAUUAAAGUCCGGUCCUCCGUCUUACUAUUCCGCCUGGUGCUCCGCCUUCAUCUCCGCACUCACCCCUAACUCCUUUUAG